UUGCCGACACUGUUUUUCCGAAAUAGAUCAUAAUAUCCAAAUCCAAACCUACGAUUACAUCCGGCCGGCGGGCGAAACCGUACUCCUCCACUACCCUUACCGUUAAUUCUGUCAGCGCCACCGUCAAAGUGGAGUGGACAGCUUUUCCUUUUGAAUCAGUAAGUUCUUCUCUAGAAUCGAACUCUUAAAUUACGGAAAUCGGACGGUUAAUUCUUUGUUUUCUGAGGAAACAAAUCCGAGUUUUAUGUUAAGCGAUCAUGGUUCUUUACUAGAUUUGACAUCAGAUAUAGCGAUGGCAGAUUGUUGCGAUUUCUAGAAGUAGGUUUCUUCACAAUCAAUUCAUCAAACAGUUGGUCGGCAGACGGCACUAGUAGCAAUUUUGAGUUAUAUAUCCAUCAAAAGCUGUAAAGCUUUCAUCUUUGGAAAGUUUCCGUGUCCAAUUCAAUCGGGGCGCAAUGGGGAAACCGUUAUUUUACGAGAUUUGGGAAAAGCCAGCCACGAGCUGUAUAAUCGGAAUAUGCAGUUUAAUUUGGUUCUAUAUUCAGAAGAAUGGCAUUGGGUAUUCCCACGUGGGAUUGAGCUACGAUACCGCAAAGGAGGGCCAUCAUUGGAGGAUAAUCACAUCCGCUUUCUCGCACAUUAGCAUCCUUCAUCUCGUUUUUAAUAUGAGUGCACUUUGGAGCUUAGGGGUUAUCGAGCAGUUAGGGCACAUAGGUCUCGGAGUGGAAUAUUAUCUUCAAUACACGCUGUUGUUGGUCGUUUUGUCGGGUUUGCUAGUUCUUGGAAUGUACCAUUUAUUGAUCCAAAAGUUCAAAAUCGAGUACUUCCAGAGAGUGACAGCUGUCGGUUACUCUUGCGUUGUGUUCGGGUGGAUGACUAUAUUGUCCACGAAGCAACCCUCUUCUAAAUUGGAGCUGUUUGGGUUUCUCUCACUUCCAAUCAGUUUUGCCCCGUUUGAAUCUCUCAUAUUUACGUCUAUAAUUGUGCCGCAAGCGAGUUUUCUUGGCCAUUUAUCGGGGAUAAUUGUUGGUUAUUCUAUUGCGUGGGGGUUGAUACACGGGAUGACUAAUUACUGGGCUGUGUCUAUGUUUGGAUGGAUUGUGCUUGUGUUUGUUUUCAGUUUGAAGAAAUCUGGUGCGUAUGAUUUCGACUUUCUCGAGAUUGAAUCUGUGGCGGAUCUUUCUUUGCCGUCUGUCCGUUUUGUUGGUUCGGGAAAUGGGAGAACCCUGCAGAUGAGUGCAUCUCCUGAUCUUCUUGUGUAGGCUAAGUGGAUUUUUUUAGGAAAUAUGUUGACCCAUUUUAUGUAUUUUGUGUUGAUGAUAAUCAUUGGAUAAAUGGCUAACACUUGGUUCUGAUAGUGAUCUUUUUUUACUUUUGAUACAUGAAGCAGUUUGUUGAUGAACACUUUCUAAAUGAAAAUUGAUUAGAUUACACCUA